CCAGGGCAGAGAGUGGAUGCCCAUGGAUAGUUUGUCAAAGGAAUAAAUUAGCCUUUUUCAGAGGAACUGAGUCUACUAGAAUAUUCUUUCUUCCCCUGCUGCAGGGCUGGGGCCCCUGGAUCCCUUUACCCCUCCAAGUCUCCCCCUCCACCUCUUCAGAGCCAGUGAGUGAGUGCUGAAUAAACAAAGGCAUGAAUGAAUGAAUGAAUGAUUUCUGUCUGUGCCAUGGAGAAUUUUUUUUUUCCCCCAAAUCCAUAGUAUCUAUACCUUCAGAGGGAUGGGCCGGGCCAGGAAGGUGAGUCUGGCUUCUGAGCUGGGUCUCGCCCAGGACCUUCCACUGACGGCACGACAGGGAGUGGGAGCAGGCACCUGCCGCGUCAGGACCUGUGUCUACAUGAAACAGGAAUGAGCAGCGGACACCAGGACUCCAAGAUGGCGUCAGUCGUAUCAGUGAAGGACAAGAAACUUCUGGAGGUCAGACUGGGGGAGCUGCCACGCUGGAUCUUGAUGCGGGACUUCAGCCCUAGUGGCAUUUUCAGAGCGUUUCAAAGAGGUUACUACCAGUACUACAACAGGUACAUUGACGUGAGAACAGGGAGCAUCUCGGGAGUUACCAUGGUGCUGGCAUGCUAUGUGCUCUUCAGCUACUGCCUUUCCUACAAGCAUCUCAAGCACGAGCGGCUCCGCAAAUACUACUGAAGAGGACACACUGCACCCCCCCACCCCAAGACCUUGGCCCGAGCCCUUCCGUGAGGAACACAAUCUCGAUUGUUGCUGAAUCCUUUCAUAUCCUGAUGGGAAUUAACCUCCAAAUAAAAGAUGACUGUUAAAAAAAAAA